AUGGCUUCUUACAAUCCAUUUUCCCGACAAGAGUCGCAUGGAUCCUAUUCCCUGGGGUCUUACCGUUUGCUGGUGCCUUUGUCGUGGUUACUGGUGGUGGUGGUCGGGAUCUACUAUACCAUCCAUGCCCCCGCCGGUGUCAAACACGGUCAUGGCAUCUUCAACCAGGCCAAUCACCAUAUCACGCCUUUCAGUCAGAGCACAACGGUUACUGGGAUUUACUGGAUCCUUCUCCUCAUCUCCCAACUCAGUUAUGUUUACCAUCUUUUCCAUAAAGAUGCCUCGAUCGUGACGGCGACCGCCAACGUGGGUGCGCAUUUUAUUCUGAACAACCUGUUCAUCUUCGCCUGGAUCCUCCUCUGGACUCGGGGCCACUUCUGGGGUUCGGAGAUUAUCCUGAUGGCCCACUUGGUCAACCAGCAUACGGCUUACUGGAGACACCGUGCAUUGCCCCCGCUGGUCCAUUUGUCCGCAAUUGCGGGGCCCUUUGCCUGGACGUUGAUGGCGCUGUUCUGGAACGGUGCUGUCGCCGUGCAUAGCAACUCGCUGCCGGCGAGGAUCGUCGCCAAUAUCUUCAUCUGGGUGAUCUUCCUUAUCGGGACCACCCAUAUUACAGUGGGACGGGAUGAUCUCUUAGGUUACUGCUUGAGUUUCUUGUUUCUUGGAUUGGCCCUGAAGCAAAUUGCCGUCAAAACCAUCGCCCUGCAGUGGAUUUUUGCCUUUGUAAUCUUCGCGGUCUUCCUGGCGGAGUCGCUCUAUAUCACGGGCACUAAAUAUACCGGCCGCGACGUUCUGUUUCGCAGACUCACCCACCCAGAAACUGCUGAUCGGGAGCGCGAACCGCUGCUCAACGAGCAGUCAGGAGGAGCGGCGGCGGCGGCUUGA